CGUUCCGGUGCCGGCCCGGCCCAGCCCCGCCGCAGCGGCACAGCGGGGCGGGCGGGCGCGGUGCUGCUCCGGCCCUCCCGCGCCGACCCCGGGACACCACCGGGACACCAGCACCCCGACACCGGCCCCCAGGGACACCGCGACACCCCGGGACACCGACACCCCGGCACGGCGACACCCCCGGACAGCGACACCCCGACAUCGGCCGGUACCCACCGCCGGCAUCCCCGGACCUGCGGAGCCCCGGAGCGCGGCACCAUGGCUCCGUGUCCCCGCUGACGCCGCCGUCCCCAGCACCUCGGGGUGCUUCCCCCGCGUGUCCCGGGUGCCACCAUGGGUGACUCCUACACGGCCGCCUUCCCCAGCGCCCCGGGGCUUCUGUCACCCUCCGCCAGCCCCCAGGCGUCCCCCGGGCCCUACGGCCCCGACUACGGCCCCUUCGGCCACCCCUUCCCAGCACCCACGGGUGCCCAGGAGGUGCUGGGUGCCCCCGUGGUAGUGACGGCCAAGGGACACCCCCCGGGUGACUGCCUGCCGGGGGUCUACCCCUCGCUGGAGAUGCCCCAUCCCUACGGCUCCUGGUACAAGGGCGGCAUCGGGGGGGGGCUGCCGGGGGGGUCAGGGCCGGCGGCGCCCUCCUGGUGGGACGUGCACCCCAACGGGGGGUGGUUGGGGGGCCCGGCGGGUGCCGAGGGGCUGCAGGGCUCUCUGCAGGCUCAACCCACCCUCAGCCCCCCCCUCCCCACUUACAGCUCGGAUUUCAGCGCUCUCAACCCCCCCCCUUACACCAACACCCCCCCGGCGCCCCCCACCCCUAAACCCACCGACACCCCCAAAGGUCCCCGCGGCGGCUCCUUGGGCGGCCGCCCGGCUUGUGAUUGUCCCAACUGCCAAGAGCUGGAGAGGCUCGGGGGGGGCCCGGGGGGGUCGCGGCGCAAACCGGUGCACAGCUGCCACAUCCCGGGCUGCGGGAAGGUGUACGGGAAGGCGUCGCACCUGAAAGCGCAUCUGCGGUGGCACACGGGGGAACGGCCCUUCGUGUGCAACUGGUUGUUCUGCGGGAAGCGCUUCACCCGCUCGGACGAGCUGGAGCGGCACGUCCGCACCCACACCCGCGAGAAAAAAUUCACCUGCCUGCUCUGCAGCAAACGCUUCACCCGCAGCGACCACCUCAGCAAGCACCAGAAGACCCACGCGGAGAACGGGCCCCCCAAAAUUAACAACAACCCCCCCACGCCGGGGAACGGGGAGCAGGCGGCUCAACCCGCCUCGCCGCGCCCGCCGCCGGGGUCGCCCGGGAAAGACGCCGGGAGCCCCGAAACCGGGAGUUUGCUGGAGAUUUGAGCCUUCGUCUUCCAUCCUCAUCCUCCUCUCGGGGAUAUUUAUUAUGGGGUGAUGCCCCCCGCCCCCCCACUCCUCCGCUCCCCAAAACCUCGCGUUGCCCCGCCCCCCACCCCCCCCCGCCCCAAGGGCUGGUGGCAGCUCCUUGUUAGCAACUGUAAUUUAUGUCUUAAAUUAUGGGGGGGUCUCUGAGCGCUCUGGGGGUCGCUGGGAGGGGGGGUCGAGGUCAACCCCCCCCUCUUCUCCCCCCAUCUCUUCUUCCCCCCAUCUCUUCUCUCCCCCCCAUCUCUUCUCCCCCAAAACCCCACCGGCCGCCUCGCCCCCCGCACAGAGCUCAGGGACAGGGUUUGCCCCCUCUCCACCCCCCCCGGCCUCGUUAGCACACCCGGUUCAUUAGGUGCUAAUGUAUCCCUCCCCCCCUUUUUCAGCUGGCUGCCCCCCUCAAAAAAAAAGCAAUAAAGGGAUUGCUAAAGCGUGA